CUAGGUAGUGUGUUUCUGUUCGUUGGCCAAUACGACAAGGCUGAAGAGUAUCUCCAAAAAGCGCUUGUCAUCAGAACUGAUAUUGGCGACAGAGAAGGGGAAGCAUCAUGUUAUGAAAACCUAGGUAGUGUGUUUCUGUCCGUUGGCCAAUACGACAAGGCUGAAGAGUAUCUCAAAAAGCGCUUGUCAUCACAACUGAAAUUGGCGACAGAGAAGGGAGGCAUCAUGUUAUGGAAACCUAGGUACUGUGUUUAAAACUGUUGGCCAAUACGACAAGGCUAAAGAGUAUCUCCAAAAGCGCUUGUCAUCACAACUGAAAUUGGCCACAGAAAAGGGGAGGCAGCUAACUAUGGAAACCUCGGUACUGUGUUUAUGUCCGUUGGCCAAUACGACAAGGCUAAAGAGUAUCUCCAAAAAGCGCUUGCCAUAACAACCAAAAUUGGCGACAGAAGCGGAGAAGCAUCAUGUUAUGGAAACCUAGGUACUGUGUUUAAGUCGUUUGGCCAAUACGACAAGGUUGAAGAGUAUCUCCAAAAAGCGCUUGUCAUCACAACUGAAAUUGGCGACAGAAGGGGGAGGGGAGGUUUAAGCUAACUAUGGAAACCUCGGUACUGUGUUUAAGUCUAUGCAAACCUAGGUAGUGUGUUUCUGUCAGUUGGCCAAUACGACAAGGCUGAAGAGUAUCUCCAAAAAGCGCUUGUCAUCAGAACUGAAAUUGGCGACAGAGAAGGGGGGAAGCAUCAUGUUAUGAAAAACCUAGGUAGUGUGUUUCUGUCCGUUGGCCAAUACGACAAGGCUGAAGAGUAUCUCCAAAAAGCGCUUGUCAUCACAACUGAAAUUGGCGACAGAAAAGGGGAGGCAGCUAACUAUGGAAACCUCGGUACUGUGUUUACGUCCGUUGGCCAAUACGACAAGGCUAAAGAGUAUCUCCAAAAAGCGCUUGUCAUCGCAACUGAAAUUGGCGACAGAGAAGGGGAGGCGAAUCACUAUGGAAACCUAGGUACUGUGUUUAUGUCCGUUGGCCAAUACGACAAGGCUAAAGAGUAUCUCCAAAAAGCGCUUGCCAUAACAACCAAAAUUGGCGACAGAAGCGUAGAAGCAUCAUGUUAUGGAAACCUAAGUAGUGUGUUUCUGUCAGUUGGCCAAUACGACAAGGCUAAAGAGUAUCUCCAAAAAGCGCUUGUCAUCACAACUGAAAUUGGCGACAGAAAAGGGGAGGCAGCUACUUAUGGAAACCUCGGUACUGUGUUUAAGUCGCUUGGCCAAUACGACAAGGCUGAAGAGUAUCUCCAAAAAGCGCUUGUCAUCACAGCUGAAAUUGGCGAAAGAAGAGGGGAGGCAGCUAGCUAUGGAAACCUAAGUAGUGUGUUUCUGUCAGUUGGCCAAUACGACAAGGCUAAAGAGUAUCUCCAAAAAGCGCUUGUCAUCACAACUGAAAUUGGCGACAGAAAAGGGGAGGCAGCUAACUAUGGAAACCUCGGUGCUGUGUUUAUGUCCGUUGGCCAAUACGACAAGGCUAAAGAGUAUCUCCAAAAAGCGCUUGUCAUCAGAACUGAUAUUGGCGACAGAGAAGGGGAAGCAUCAUGUUAUGGAAACCUAGGUAGUGUGUUUCUGUCCGUUGGCCAAUACGACAAGGCUGAAGAGUAUCUCCAAAAAGCGCUUGUCAUCACAACUGAAAUUGGCGACAGAAAAGGGGAGGCAGCUAACUAUGGAAACCUCGGUACUGUGUUUAUGUCCGUUGGCCAAUACGACAAGGCUGAAGAGUAUCUCCAAAAAGCGCUUGUCAUCAGAACUGAUAUUGGCGACAGAGAAGGGGAAGCAUCAUGUUAUGAAAACCUAGGUAGUGUGUUUCUGUCCGUUGGCCAAUACGACAAGGCUGAAGAGUAUCUCCAAAAAGCGUCAUUGUCAUCAUCAUGUUAGAAACUGAUAUUGGCGACAGAAGAAAUUGGCGACAGAGAAAGGCAUCAUGUUAUGGAAACCUAGGUACUGUGUUUAAAACUGUUGGCCAAUACGACAAGGCUAAAGAGUAUCUCCAAAAAGCGCUUGUCAUCACAACUGAAAUUGGCGACAGAAAAGGGGAGGCGGAUCACUAUGGAAGCCUAGGUACUGUGUUUAAGUCGCUUGGCCAAUACGACAAGGCUGAAGAGUAUCUCCAAAAAGCGCUUGUCAUCACAACUGAAAUUGGCGACAGAAAAGGGGAGGCAGCUAACUAUGGAAACCUCGGUACUGUGUUUAUGUCCGUUGGCCAAUACGACAAGGCUAAAGAGUAUCUCCAAAAAGCGCUUGUCAUCAGAACUGAAAUUGGCGACAGAAAAGGGGAGGCAUCAUGUUAUGGAAACCUAGGUACCGCUGUGUUUAGAACGGUUGGUGAUUUUGAAGCUUCGGAAGUAUGCUGGGAGAAAGCCUUAUUGAUAUCCAGAGAUAUUGGAGAUGCAAGAGGAGAGUUCGAAAUCCUCGCAAAUUACGCCGUUUUGUAUUUAUACCAAUAUAAAAUCAAAGACUCCCUGUCGUGUCUUCAUCUCUGCAUUGAAAAGUAUGAGGAGCUGAGAUAUUUCUUGGGCGCCAAUGAUCAGUUCAAAACAUCAUUACUGGAGGACACAGGAAUAUUUCCUUACAAACUGCUUUGUACUUUGCUUUGUGCCACCGGAAAUGCUCGGGAUGCUAUUUAUGUUGAGGAGUUGGGUCGAGCUAGAGGCCUAUCAGACUUAAUGGCAGAGAAGUACUCUGUUGAAACGCACAUCUCUGCUAAUCCACAAUCUUGGUUUGGCAUUGAGAACAUUUUAAGAAAGCAAAAAAACUGUACUUGUCUGUACAUUUCUUAUUUUCAGAAUAGUCUGCAUUUGUGGAUCUUGAAAACAAGUGGAGUCCUUCACUAUAGAAGAGUAUCACCAGAAGAGAAUCUAGUUCAGGCUGGGUUACCCAAAGAUUUGCAUUUGAGUCAAUUUUUGGAUGAUAAUUUCCGGAGUCUUGGUAUUUUGCCCCCUAAAGAUUGUGAAGAUCGGUCUUUAAAUACGAUUAAAUUGCAACCUCUCUCCCCGCGCAAAAGAGCUCAGCAAGAUUACGACUCGUGGAGGAGGACGAGGACGAGGACGAGAACGAGGACGAGGACGAGGACGAGAAAGUGAUUUCAAGUCUACAUUUAUGUUACAAAAUGUUCAUUGCCCCCGUUUAUGAUUUGCUUGAUGAGCCUGAAGUCAUUAUUGUUCCUGACCGCAGGUUAUACAAAGUUCCCUUUGCUGCCCUGAGUGAAAAGGAAGGAGCCGAAUACUUGUCAGAGACCCAUAAGAUCCGUAUCAUUCCUUCGUUGACAACACUCAAGAACAUUCAAGAUAGUCCAGAGGACUAUCACAGCAACACUGGUGCCUUGGUUAUAGGCAAUCCCAAGGUAAAUUGGCUGCAACCAUUGCCAGCUGCAAGAAAGGAAGCGGAGAUGGUCGGACGACUGGUGGGUGUUCCGCCUCUAGUUGAAGAGAAAGCAACGAAGCAGGCGGUACUUGAGCGGAUAAGUUCAGUGAGCUUGAUACAUUUUGCUGCCCAUGGUGACGCGGAAAGAGGAGAAAUUGCACUCUCCCCCAUUCCUACUCCCAACAGUCAAAACGCUAUCCCGAAGGAAGCUUACAUGUUGACGAUGGCUGAUGUCUCACGAGUGAAAGUCAGAGCUAAACUGGUGGUACUUAGCUGCUGUCACAGUGGAAGUGGAGAGAUAAGAGCCGAGGGAGUUAUAGGAAUUGCCCGUGCGUUCUUAGGAUCCGGUGCUCGCUCGGUGUUGGUUGCGCUGUGGGCCAUUCCAGACUCAGCAACAGAGCAGCUGAUGAGUCGGUUCUACGAACACCUCAUUGAAGGUGGAAGUGCCAGUGAAUCCCUUCAUCAUGCCAUGAAGUGGAUGAGAAAAAACGGCUUGAACAAAAUGUCUGAGUGGGCUUCGUUUACGCUGAUUGGAGAUGAUGUGAGACUCGACUUU